AUGACUUUACUACCCAUCAAUCGCCGCUUGCUGCUUGGCAUGGAGAUCAAAAGGAAAGGGAAGAGAUCACUGUGCUUAUUGGUAUCCCAGGACGACGAAUAUGGCCGGCGGAAGCGGGAACGCGACGAAGUGUUCAAACGUCUGGUCUCUGCACCGGGGAUGACCGUCACUGAUGAUCUCUCUAUGGCAACUCCUACCACUAAAGGAUAA